GCCAGGAAUAAAGGUCACACGUCCUAAAAUCGCUGGAACGAUUUUUUUGUUUUAUUAAUAUUUUAAACUCUUUUACUGUUUGGUCUCAUUUUAGGAGUCACAGUCUGUUGUUGGUACACAUCCAAGCUAUGUGAAAGAGGACCCCGCCCAGAAGUUUAUUCGGUCAUACGCAACUUCCGACUACCCGAUUUGGACGGCCAUCUUCAUGGCUGUUACGGACUAAAGGGCGAUUAGUGAUUAACCGAUUUACCUGUUGAGUUUUCACCUGUUCUGUUCAGGAAAAAGAAACAGAUUUGGUGUGUCGAUCCCGCAUAAACUUUCAAGAUGCCGAUCUUUGGUAGAAAGAACAAGAGCAAAGAAAAUUUAGCUGAGAAUCAAGGCAAGGCGACGACCAAUAACGAUCUCUCGUCACGCCCAAACGAAGCCCCCGAGACGAAUGGAGGGGGUAAGGUUUCGAGAGGGGGUCCGGAACCCCCGGCCCAGCCAGCCAAACCCAAACUGGUUUUCCACUGUCAGCAGGCCCACGGAAGCCCCACAGGCAUUAUAUCUGGGUUCACAAACGUCAAAGAACUGUAUCAGAAGAUCGCCGACUGUUACGACUUGCCUGUUGGCGAGAUUCUGUUUUGCACACUGAACACACACAAGAUUGACAUGUCUCGACUUCUAGGAGGACAGAUUGGUCUAGAGGAUUUUAUUUUUGCACACAUUAAGGGUCAGCCGAAGGAAGUGGAUGUCACCAAGUCCGAGGAUGCCCUGGGUCUUACAAUCACAGACAACGGGGCAGGCUAUGCCUUCAUUAAGAGGAUUAAAGAAGGAAGUAUAAUGGACAAGGCUCCUCUAGUGACUGUAGGGGAUCACAUAGAAAAAAUUGACAAUAAAAGUGUAGUCGGGUGUCGCCAUUUCGAAGUAGCAAAGAUGCUGAAAGAAAUUCCAAAGGGAACAACGUUCACACUGAGAGUCGUGGAGCCGAUGAAGUCAGGAUUUUCUAAUAUUGGUGCACCGGGUGGCAAGAAGGGCAGUGGUAAUCUGGGGUCAGGAAAACAGACAUUACGACUGAGGUCCAAGGGUCCUGCUACAGUUGAAAUACCAGAUGAUGUUGUGAAUGUAGCAACUGAUAAAAUAAAUGGACUUCUUGAAUCAUUCAUGGGAAUCAACGAUACAGAACUAGCACAAAGUAUAUGGGAGACAGGAUCAACAAAAGAAAACCCGCAUGAUUUCGCUGUUGCUAUUGACGAGUCGGAUUUGUCCGAUUUUGGAUUCACUGAUGAUUUCAUAUUUGAUUUGUGGGGUGCUAUUUCUGACGCCAAGCAAGGAAGACUUAAGAAAGCUCAAGAAUUUGAAGAACAGUUUUGAUUCCACCUGAAGCAAAACUUUAUUUGUUCAGGCAAUUAAACCUGGGGUUUUUUUUGGGGGGGGGGGGGGUUGGGUUUCUGACAGUAGAUGACAGUACGAGUAUCAGAAACCGAGAAACCCAGGUGGGUAGUCUCACCUGUUUGGUAUAUAAAGUUCACAAACAUAUCAGACCUGAAAAAAAUUGUGACAACGAUUAAGAUUGCAUGAACGAUGCAUGAACGAUGUGUUCAUGCAUCGUUCAUGCAAUCUUAAUUUUGUGUAACCUAUUUUUCGUUCAUGCAUUAAAUUUAGGACAUUUACUUAGGACAUAAUGGAUUAUGCAAAAAGGAAAGGGAUUGCCUGAAUUUAUUUUUGCAUAACCUAUAAAUGGGUUAUGCAAUGUUUUAUCUCUCAGAGGUCUGAAUAUGACAUUCGUGAUUUAGGUUUAAUGUUAUUAUUGUGAUUAGUGUUAUUGAGAAUCAUGAACUGUUGAAUUAUUUUAAUAAAUAGUUAUGAGUCGGCAUCUAUCUUAAGCAGAUUAUCUGAAGCAUGUUAUUGAUUAUCAGAAAUUGUAUUUGAAAAAAGGUCUCAUAUUCAUUUUAUUCUGUUGCUCUUUGUUUUUUUCACCGAUUUGUUAUUCACAGGGUUUUCUUUUCCAUUGACAUUUCAAAGUGACAUUCUAAAAAUGGCCAAAAUUAUCCACACAGAAUACCAGUGAAUUAGAUGUAUUUGAUGAUAAACCGUGGAUUUUUGUAUUGUAAUACAAAUAGUUUUAUCUCUAUAGGAGUAAAAGUAACUUAUGAUUAUUCGGAAAUAAAGCUAUUUGAUAUUGAAAUCCAAUUAAUUAUUUUCAAGAAAAUGCUAUUAAAUUAAUUUUAUUUGUACUCAAUCCUUCACUCCUCACACACAACCAACCCCUCCUCCCCCAGAAAAAACAACAACAACAAAAAAACCCAUCCAAAUUUAAGUUAUGAUGUAAUUACAUUGGGGUUAGGAUAUGUUGAGCAAAUUUACUUUCGGGGGAAAAAAAGACUCAGUGAUGUAUUUUAAAUCGUGUCUUAAUUAAUUUACCCUACUGAUUUGAAAAUAUUUAGUCAUACAAAUAUACAAUCAUAAUCAUCAGUUAGCUCGGAAUGUUCUUAAUUGCCAGUUAUUAGAACAAACCAUAAGACUUUUGUCACUUUAGAAGUGUUGCCUUUAUCUAGUUAUAGAUUUAUUGGAUAUUUUUUGUUAUUUUGCUGUUAUAUUUGAUGUAAUGAUGAUAGUGUGGAACAUUUAAAGAAUUUACAAAACAUUCUCAUCUACAGUAAGAUGAGUGUCAUGUUUUCAAAGCAGACAACUUGUCAAAUGGCAAAUGUGCACAUGAAAAGAAUUGAGAUAACUCUGGCAGGUAAAGGGACACAAUUUGCUCCUUCUCAUCUGGGGCCUAAUUCACUAAACUCUGGCAGUGCAAUGCUAAAAGACUUACAAGAGGAUGCUUUGUUGUCUAGCAGAGCCUAAAAGACCUUUGUGAAUUAGGCCCCUGAACUUUAAAGCUUUCUUUAAUAUUCAUUUAGCAUUUGUUCCAUUAUUUGUUUCGGCUGUCUCCAAUUGCAUAAAUAUGUGUUGUUUGUUUUAAGUUCACCUUGAAGAGUGUAUCCUUGUUUAUGCCGAUUGAUGAAUAACUGUGUUCAUUGUCACAGUUUACUUUCUGUGACAUUAUUUCUUUUAUUAGUAAUGGUAGCCUUAUAAUAAUAUUAAAUUUAAAACUAUACUGAAAAUACAUUUCAUAAGGCUCAGGCAGGCUAGGUUAAACCAAUCUGAACAAUAAAACCAUUUAAAAUUGUAUCUCUGCCUAAGGCACAGUCCAAAGGAAGUUCUGACAGCUCCCAUGAAACACUUGUUUGAUGCUUUAUCUAUGGGAAGACUGCCACUGCUUGUGACACAUAUUCUACUGCGUCUGUAUGACGAUACAAAUGUGUCAGGAAGACUGAGCCAACACAUUUACAAAUUUGCGAACAUCUACAUACUAUAUACCAGGUUAUAUAUAAAGACUAGGUUUUUUUCUCACAAAGAGGUGUUAAAUUUUUUGUCACAAAUAAAAAAAAUCUUUUGAUUAUCUGAUAAUAAUAUUUAAGUGUGAAGUCAUAACGAUUAGCCUUAAAACAAAGUAAUUGACUAAUUUUAAUCUUUUUUAACAUGAUGUAUCAGGAAUGAACAUGGAAAGUGGCCUUUAUGUGCAGGUGUCCUUUAUGUGCAGGUGUCCUUUAUAUCCAGGUUAUGUUUUCUGUUUGCAGAAAGACUGCAUAAAUUAAAGUGCCUUGAAAUUAAUAUGGCUAUAAUUUAUUAGCUGCCUCUAGCUCAAGAUUAAUCCAUCCAUUCAUUUGCUCUGUCCAGCUGAAGUCAUUGUUCCCAUGUGACAUUACCGUAGGUUCAGUUUUAACACUUGGGAAAAAUAUUAUUAGCAUUACAGAGAGAAGGUUAUAAUAUUUGGCAACAGUAUUUUUGUAUAAACUUAAAGAAACUGUCCUGAGUUUGCUGUCAUUUUAAACUGUUAUUAACUAAUUUCAUUUUUAAAAAUUUUGUAAUUUAAUAAAGUUACAUAAAAUUAAAUACAUUUUUUGUUUUGAAUAUCGGUGUCUGUAAACACAUUGUGUUUCUGGUAGUCCUGAUGUUGUAGUAUGUGUUUAUAUAAAAAAAAUUUUUUUUAUAUAUUAACAAGAAAUUAUACAUUAUGAACUAAAAUAAAUUGAUGUUUAAGCUAUUAAUAGCAUUAGGAUGACUACUAACUCAUUGAAUAUACAGAUGCUCAUAUUCUAAACAAGAAAUCUUGUAUAAUUUAUUAUUUUAGUUAUUAAAAAGGCUCUUAAUUAGUCGGAAACAUAUUACAAUACGGAAACAAACUAAGGACAGUUCAUUUAAAUAAACAGAAUUGUAAAGUACACAAAAUUGUCAUAGAACUGUGAAAUCUUUAGAACUGGUGAACAUGUUAUUGUGAAUACUGCAAGAAACAAUCAAAUGAAACAAAGUUUUUAACAUAUGCCUACUCCAGAAGUUACCUCUAUUAAGAGAACACUUUUCUGUUGUUUCAUAUCAUCUAAUACACUGCAGUACAAAUUGACCUCAGUUCAGCAGCCAACUGUAUAAAGGAGUUACCUCAUGACACUGUUUUUAGGUAGGUUGUCUGUGUGUACAAACUGACUGAUUUUAACUGCUCAGCUAACACCAACCGCGCCGCUCAUAUGGAAAGAUUGUUAUAGAUGACAAAGUUGAUGUUUUUAUAUAUCCAAGUACUACAUUCCACAUCUGCACCAAAAACCAUGCACAUAGAAAGUGUCCCAUAGCUAGCUGUUUAAGUCGGGUUUGAAUGCGUUCGAAUUUAAUAAAUAACAAUUUAGUUCAAAGGAUGUGUUUUCAAUUAUAUUAAAAUAUCGGGACAUUUGACUGAUGAUCACCUAAUAUCUUAUAACGAAAUGAAAAAUGGAUAAUAAUUGUGUUGCAAAGCAAAAAUAUGCUGUCAUUCUGUUGUUGCCAGUGUUAAUGGAAUCCAAGUUGCUGAUGCCAAUAACAUUCAUUUAUUGUACAUAAAACAUUUGUAAGUAAUGUAAGAAAGUAGUAUUUAUGUAGAUUGCAAAUACCAGAGCCCAUAUGUUCGAAGCCAUUUUAGCACUACGAUAUCAUAAAACCAUCGUAGGUUGUGAUGUCACUACAGCACACGCCAUAGUGAUGUCAUAGCUUACGAUGGUUUUUACGAUUUCGUAGGCUAGGAUUACUUUGAAACUAUGGGCCCCGUACUGUCACCUGUGUGUCACACAGCAGAAUGAAAAUGUUCCAACAAUAUGGUUUAAUUACUGUUUUAUUCAAAUGUUGGAUAUUAACUGUGACACAUGGCAAAAUAGAUUCAUGGGUAUGUGAGAUGGGGGUCUUUCUUGGCAAAGGGGUGUAGCAUCCUUCCAAGCUUGGGAAGAUGAGCAUUUCUGUGGACAAAGACCAAGUUUUAUCUUAAAAAUAAGGAUUCCUGCCAACCCCAGUAAAGUGCCAUCACAAGUAUUUGGCUGGCUACAGGUAAACUUAUAAUGGAAAAAUUCAGUUGGUAUUUUGUAGCAGUACUUUUGUUAGAUGCCACUUAGCCAGAAUUUUACAUUCCUUUUCUUUUAAAAAAUGAUACAUGAAGGCAAUGUAAUUGUUCAUGUCAUAGACAGGUGAAUGAAUAUUGUUGGUUUCUUUAAUAUGUUUGUAUUUCUUGUUGUGAUUUUUGCUUACUAGUAUUUAUUAUGUUGGAGGCAACUGGAAAUUUAUAUUGUGCAUAGCUCUCAACUCUGACCACCGAAAUAAUUUAACGUUUUCUAUGGCAUGUUUUUUUUUUUUUUUUUUUUUUUUUUUUUUUUUUUUUUUUUUUUUUUUUUUGCUUUUUAUUAAUAAUUUAAGAUAAUUGUCUCACAGAACCCUGUCUGGGCAAUGACUACCAAAUUAAUUGUCCACUUACAUGAAGAAAAAUGUUCAUAAAUUAUUCAUAUACAUGUACAUUGUAUGUGUAAAUAUCUAUCUAUAUCUGAAUUGUCAUAGUAUGUAAUGUUUGUAUGAAUCCUUGAAAAGUAUGCAUCUCUAAUGUGCAUUUUGUACUUUAUUGAGUAUAAUUUAUACACUGUAAAAAGUUAAAACACAACUGAGUUUUAUUAUAUCAUAUCACAUGGAACUUUCUUUUAUAUCUAAAUAUUGAGAAAGAUUUUUUUCAUUAUAAAAUGAACUAUACAUUUGUAGUCAACUUAACAUUUGAGGUCAACUUAACUAUUUACCCAUUGUGUCAAAUAGAGUACAAACUGACUGGUAUUAAGCUGUUUUAAAAGGCAGAUUUGUUUUUAAAACACUCACUUUAGGAGGUUAUUUAACACAGGUUUGACUGUAUUGUAUAACACAGGUUUGACUGUAUUGUAUAACACAGGUUUGACUGUAUUGUAUAACACAGGUUUGACUGUAUUGUAUAACACAGGUUUGACUUUGAAUAAUAUGAAUUGUAUAUUGAAAUCUAAUGUGUAAACCUACAAAUUAAAUUUAAUAUGUUUUUCGUUUUUCUUUUUUUCUUCCUUUUUUCAUUUGUUGAGUUUGGCAAAUUGAAAUGCUUGAAUACACCAAUUUCUAACCUAGUUGUAACAUGCGAAAAGUUAUACAACACCUGUUUGGAAUGGUGUUACAUAUUCAUUAAUCAUAUAUCUGUUUUUAUAAACACUCGGUGUCUAUAUCCAGCAAUUAAGUACAGUAAACUAGGGAAAACGUGUGCACAUAAAAUUUGUGUUGUUCACACACAACUUUGUUGGAGACUUUAUAUAAAUGCAUUAUUUUCCAGGUUUUAUGCAUACAGUGAUGUCAGUCAAUUGCGAAAUUUAAAUGUAGUAAUAAUGCUCAAAGGUGCCUAUUUGCAAAAAAAAACCCAAAACAACAACAUUGCACUACGACUCCGGUUUAUAGUUCAUAGUAAAUGUAGGUGUUUUAUUGACUCUACUAAGAUCCGGUGUCCUUUAUAUUUUAUUUUGUCAUGUUAGGUAUUAGAAUACGGUGAACUUCUAUAGUAUAAUCAACAAGUCUGAUGAUGCUAACCUGACUACUUUUGAAACUACUACAAUGAAAACACAUAUAGAGUAUACACCACUCGUUGUCUGAGAGCUUGAAGAGUUUGACAUGACAAACAUUGCAGUGUUAUCUGGUGAUAUAUGAAAUCUGUUUGCCUGAGAAUCGUUUGACUAAAAACUGUAGACAUAUGGAGAUGAGUAAUUUUUCUAUAGAAUUGGCACUAUUGUUAUGUUCAUCGUGAUAUUUGUUACUCAUAUUAUUUCAGUUGGGGUUGAAAUUAGUAAAUAAUUAACAUGAGUAUUCCAGAGAAUACUUGAGUACGGGCAUCUCAUGUACAGGUUUUGCAUUUUUAUUUUAAAGGAUGAAAUGCAGACUCUUAACUUUUAGAAAUGCAGAAAUUUUGACGGAGUAAAGUAUUUUCCAGUCAGUUACCACAAAGUUAUAUAAAUGCCAAAUUGUGUUUCUCUUUUUAUUUUAUUUGUGCAUUGAUUACCAUUAAAAAAAAUAAUUAUUCCAGUGACUUAAUAAGGACUGUUCGUAGCUUCGUACAUUUUGAGAAUAUAUACUCGUGGAAAAAAGUUCCUGUGCACCAAAUGAUUGCAUAUAGAAUAUAAUUUACUUGAAAUCUGGUUAUAAACAUUUCGGUAACUGAAUGUGUAAUCACUCCCGUCGAUAUUCCAGCAGUGUCCUGUCAAUUGCACGAACUAUUCUUCAUACUUUGUGUGAUCACACAUUGCAUUACUAGCAUUCUUGGGUCAUGUGCUCCCGUUUGACGUCAUUUUUCUUGUCAUUGGACUAUUGUAUGGAUUCUCAUCACUUAGAAAAAUAUUUUUGUUGAUAUCUGAUCUUUGUCAGUGUGAUGCCACGCCUCCCAGAAAAUGGACUCCUUCAAACAAUGGGUAUGAUUGAGGUUAGAACGGAACAAACACUGUUGCUAGUAAUUUGGGUAUUGAUUGGUGUUCAUCAGAACACUGUGCAAUAUCUGCGGAGAUGUUCUCGACAGUUUAAGGGUACUAGGGAUUUUCCAUGUUGCAUAUGAUGCCACGUCAGCAAAUCAUCAGUAUUAAGCGGGUGCACAUGGAAUAAAUUAGAAAUGAUACGUUUAACAUCCUAAUGCAUCUCUAAGUUAAGGCCAAUCAGUGGAAGAACUGAACGCAACCGAUUAGGUGAUAACAAAGUACGACCAUGACCAUAAUCAGUACGUUGUUCUGUUAAUCAUCACCGACAGCGCACCAAGCAUUGUGUAGACAGUACUUCAGGUUCAAAAGGCAGGAGAGGAUCACCAUACUUUUAACAGAUAAAUAGUACAUCUAUGUAAAUCACAAUAUUUUAACAUUUUAAAAAUAUAAGUCCUACUGAAAUUUUAAUGAUGCACAGGAACUUUUUUCCGUGAGUAUAGUUUAGAUUUCUCAUUAUGAGCUUACUUUUGAAGAAUGUAAUCAAUGCUACCAGUCUAUAAUAGCAUCAAGCCAUUCAGAAAUUUUUAAAAAGUAAUUCUUUGUUCUUUAUUAAAAAAUCUUAUCAAAAUGUGUUCAAGUACAUUUUCUAAAGCAUUUUACUAUGGAAAUAAGAAUUAUUUGUUUCAGAUUUACUGGGAAGUUAAUGAAUGGCAUUGAUCAUAUUCUUCAAACGUAGGUUCAUAAAUAAUAAAAACAAUCUUCAACUAUAGUCCCACUAUUUUACCUGCAGGAAGCACUUUUGUUGUAUACUCACCACCGACAAAAUAAAAUAAUCAUAGAACAUGUAUAGAGAAACUAUUGCAGCAGAGCCACUAGGCAUAAAAUAAUAAUUAUAGUGCCUUCCGCUUUCUUCGUGAGAUUAAUUCUGGAACAACCCUCAGUCAUUUCAACAUGCUGUGUUUCAUAGUUGCCAAUUUACCGUAGGAAAAAUAUUGUUCCCAUCAAAUUCCUAACCACCGUAUUGUGUCAUAUUGAUCAUACACAGUCUUUCUGUAUGGUGCAUUUUUGUAGUUUCUUCAUAUAUUAUUUAGUUCUUAUUUUACCACUUUUAACUUGGUACCUGUAUUACUUUCUUUUUUCUUUUUUUACCAUAGUACCUGGUAUAAGGUUAUAGGACUGCCACUCUAUAAAAUCAUGGUUGUGCUGAAGAGAGUAAGUAAGCAUGAUCGAUUGUUUCUGUUGAAAUCCUAGUACAACUAUUUGCAUGGCAUUAAACCGUCCUUGACCAUAACCUCUUGGCCACUAAGAUCUCAAGAAACGUGAAUGCACAGAGUAAUACUUGCAAGAGAAUAGGACACAUGAUGAUCUUGCUGCCAAAUACCAGUAUAUAUUAUCUGUUACAUAUCCAUCAUUAGAUCAGCAGAAAAAAAAGAAACCAACUAGAUGACUGAAUUUUAUAAUAUCAAGAUGUAAUGUGGGAUAGUGUGAAUAACAUAGUUAACUUCCUGACCCGUUAGAUGAGGGUAUUGGUUGCAGUCCUUCUCUACUGUCAGUCAGUUUGUAAUCCCUUAUUUGUUUCCAUCAGUAAAUUUGGUUUUAUAAUCUGAACUCAGAUCAUUGGUUUCUAGUGGUGUCGGUAAACAAAAAAAACCUUUAUACUCAUUGGUUUAGAUAUUAGUGGGAAAAUCCAGGUUUUUCUGUAUUCUGUGAAAUUGAAUGUUAUUUGUUAUGAAUAAAUUUCCGAUCAAAUUAGUUAGCUUGGUGAUGAAGCAUAUGCAUUUGGCACUCAAAGCAUUUCCAUAGAUUCUCUUUGAAGUAUGUGUAGGACUGGCAGUCAAAACCAAAAUAACCAACUGUUAUGCAUUGUGUCACGUGUUUACCAUCUUAUAGUCUGCUAUGAUAUAUCUCACAAACGUUGAAUCUAGUCUGAACCAUUUCUACUCUUUGGAUUAUUAUAACAAGAUCAGUACAAAGUAUUUUAGCGCAGCUUACUCUAAUCCUUUCCAAAUGUCCAACACAUGGUUUUCAAAUUUUACGUGAUUAAGAAUGACAGUCCUUUAAAUUACAAAGACUAAGAUCAUGCAAUUUUACAAUUCUUGCACAUGGAUGUACUUCACGGUUUUCAAGAAAGCGUUAGAGAUGAAUUACAAAAAGAGCUAUUAAUUUACAACAUGGUCCUCUUGUAGUAAACGUUUUCUUGUGAUUUACUGUUCAUUUACGUUUUGUAUCGUCAUCCUUUGUUGCUGCUUGUUUAGGAAACAAAACAGUAGAUGAUAACACCAGGAACAAAGGCAUAAUACAUCACUAUUUAUUUUACCUUUUCUCUUUCAUUGGUUUUGUCUGUCAUAUUACUGUGUUCGUCUAUAGCAAAUUGAUUUGGGAAUUUUACCAAAUGUUUUAUAGGUGUACGUGGUGUGUAUGUGUGUUAUUUUCCAGUAGUAUUUAGAUGUUUUCAACAAAAAUGUAUUUCUUUGAGUUUAGAUAUUUCAAACUGUCGAUAAAUUAUCCUUAUGUAUAUUAUUAUAUUAGAUGUAUACGGUUUUUUUUAAUAAUGUGGCAUUUAAAAUACAAAUCAAUUAUUGUCUGUAAAUUGUUUUACUAUGUAAACAUCUUGCAAGUUCUUUUUGCCCAUUGGUAUCUGAGAGGUUUUAAUUUGUUUCAAUUUUUCUGAAUGAUUUAGGGAGAUUUUUUAUGUUUUGUUAUGUUUAAUAAAUUUGAGUAUACUGGUCAAAGUAGAAUGUGAUGCUAAACCAUCGCAUGUUGUUUGUUGAUUGCGUUUAAACUUGGGUGGUUAUGAUCGUUUCGUUCUUUUGUUAAGUGACUGGCCACAAUCAUUGUAAUUUUUGUUUUAAACAAACACAUGUAUUGGUUGAUUUUGGAAUUGUUAUGAUUAAACUGGCAUUUUAGUCCUCAAGCAUUUCAUAGAAUGAAUAUUGUUAUAAUAAUUUAAUAACCAUAUUGUACAUUUCUAAAUGUUUGCAUGGUAACUGCGGUGGCUUAAGGGUGCAAUGUUUGAGUAUUCUAAAUUAAUAUAAUUAUUUGUUUAUAUCUACAUGUAUGUACAUGUAUGCAUGUAGAUAAAAUGAAUUUAUUAUGCUGUGAGAAAGAAAUAAGGGAACCAAACACAAGUCGCUACUAGCUUAGUAAUGUCUUUUUUAUAAUAUCAAGAUGGAAUGUGGGAUUGAGUGUGAGUAACUGAGUUAACUUUCUGACUCCAUGGAUAAAGGUAUUGGCUACAGUCCCUCUAUGUUGUCAAUCAUUCUAUGAUCCCUUAUAUCUUUCCAUGAGUGUAUUUUAAAAAGACGACGAAGAAAAACGAAUCAGAAAAUAACGUUUGGAACCGUAAAUUGCAAAUAUAAUGUUAUGAUUUAAAAUGAAGUGUGUGUUUAAAAUUAGUUUGAUACAGCGUAUUUGUUGAUGGUUUCUGCUACAACGCAAAUAUUUUUAACAUUAAAGAAACCUUCAAAUGGAAAAUAUUUAGUAUGAGUUAUUAUAAUGUUACUCUAUGCAGUUGCUUAUCGCUUUGUUUUGAUGUUAUUACUUCUUAUACACGUAACCUGAUUGAUCAUCACCAUAUGUAUAGUAGUUUUACGAGAUAACAUUUACUUUCACGUCAUCUUAAUUUAUAUUAACAUGUGAUUUAACCAUUCCACCCCUAACCGAUAGGAAGACGAUAAUACCGAUAUGUUCCUGUUGCAGAAGUAGAUCUACUGGUAUGAAGGACUUGGAAGUCGUUCAAGGGUCAUGUUUUAACAUUACCUAUCUCGUUGAAGUAAGAUCUAAAGAUUCACUGUGCUCACUCCGUUUCUCACCCACUGGCAGAUCGUGUCCAGGAGCCUAAUGUACUCUCGCAACUUUAAAUUUCAUUUCAACUUAUUUUUUGCUUCUAUCCAAUUACGGUCGAAAUUUAUGUUAUGCAUAGCCAUUUGUUUUUUUGCAGAAACAAUAUAUAUAUUUUUUUAUUGGAACAUUAAAUUUUAUUUAUAAUGCUCGAACACUAUUUUCUGUAGGCACCCGCAUUCUGAAAAUUAAAUUCCGUAGCGCCAUACCCAACAAAUUAUUUCUGGCAGAAACCCUGUUGGUUAAAGGUCAUAUGGAUACGGAACUGUUAUUAGAAGUGAUCAGAUUAUCCUGACUGAAAACAAAGAGUGCGAUUGGAGGGUUUGGACAUUGUUUUCAUUCAGGUUAUCAUUACAAAAUUGCUGACCAGUGUGUUAAAAAAAAAAACCUGUCAGGUAGUGUAUCUGGAUUUCAAACCAUAUGGCAGAUUGUGGCAUUAUACUUUUAAACAUUUACGAAAGUAUGCGAUUAUGAGGAAGAGUUUUUGCUUCCAUAGAAACAAAAUAUUACGUCAUCCGAUUUGUGGAACAUUCAUGUCACAGUUUGUGAAAUGUUAAUAAAAUAAAUUUAUCUUUAACAUAUACGUCAUACAGUAGAAGGUCUCUAGAUUUGCUGGUAUAUCGAUUAUUGGCUUUCAAACAUCCUGUAUCUCUUUUAAUGGUUUAAACAUUACAGACGAUCUCGCAAUUUCAGUGCCUCUUUUAACAUCUGUGUUUUUUUCUAAAGAUUAUAUACUUCCAAUUUUAUUAUUAUUGUUUACCGUUAAAGCAUGUAAAUUAUAAAAAUAUCGUUAAACUUACACAAUUUAAUUGGCCUUCUUUAACAUUCCAUGUUAUAUCUGAUGAUACUAAGAUUUCUAUGCGUUGUACAUCAUGUUACCUGUUAAACGUUGUUUUAUUGUGUAUCCAUAACACAGCCAAGUGGAAACUAAUGUAACACAUUGCUUGGGCUGUAUGUUGUACCAGUGGAAGCUGAUAAUAAAUAUCUUUAUUCUGCACCAA